GUUUCGAUUUCAUAUUUGUAUCAAAGACUGAUUUUAAUCAAAUAAAAUCGAAAUUUAAUAUAUUGGUAUCGUAAUUUGGACUGGAUAUAAGGAUUAUUUAUAUUGAAUUUAAAUCUGGAAUAUUUUUCAUCUGAAUUGAUUUCAAUAUAUAUGCUCCUGACAUUUAAAUCUAUUUGUUAAAACAUGUAUGUGUAAUUAUGGCGUCCGGUGGAAAUAAUGCAAAGGCGAUUAUAUUUUAUGACAGUGAAGGCGCAAACGAAGCGUCUAAAACAGAGGCAGACAAAUUGAGGUUCUUAAUUGAAAAGAAUGGUGGAUACACAUGUCAAACUGACCAUGCAAUAAGAAUACCUGGAACCGAAGUUAUGAAUAACAUUCACAAUUCAAUUAAUCGUUAUGACAGAAUAAUAAUUCUUAUAACAGAUCAAUCUGCUUCAAAAGGAUGGUUCACAUUUGCAGUUUUGUCUGCCUUAGAAAACAUAAUUGUGGAAAAUCACAUGAGACUUUUGGUCGCAUACAAAGGAAAUCGACGUGAAGAUGUUGGGUUUCUGAAAACCGGAUUGCUGUCGUUGACGCCCAAGACGUGUGUCGACCUCACUGAAUGGCAGGGAUAUGAAAGGCUUCUCAAACAACUGAAAACUCCAGUGUGUUUGGACGAAGAAUUACCAGCGGGAAACUUGCAUCUUGGCUUGGUUCAUUCCCACAUAUCCGGUUACAUGUGCUAUGUUGCUGAAGAACGAGUUGUACGUUUGUGCCCAGGUACCAACUACGAUAACUGCAAUAUCAAAUCUUGCAAAGCAGCACCUUGGGAAAAUAAAUGUCGCUCUCGAGCACCAGCGUUUCUGUCAAUCAUACCAGCAGAUAAUCGAUGCGAAAGGAUGGGGUGACG